UUAACAACAAACACCAUGCUUUUCUAUGCAACAAUAAUAGCAUCAUUCUUAUGCUCCCUAUACUUGUUCCAUCGCAGAAGAUCUAGCAAACACCCCCUCUUGAGAGAUUACCCCAUCCUUGGAAUGUUGCCACCAGUGCUUUUCAACUUGUGGCGUGUUCAUGAUUUUUUCACGGAGGUGCUAACAAAACAUGGUGGCACUGGGGAGUUCAAAGGACCAUGGUUCGCCGAUAUGAACUAUUUGGUCACUUGUGACUCCCUCAACGUGCAACACAUGUUGUGCAAGAACUUCGACAACUAUGUCAAGGGACAUGACUUUCGUGACAUUUUCGAACCAUUCGGAGAUGGGUUUGUCACUGCCGAUUAUGAGACAUGGAAGUACAUCAGAACCAUUCUCCAUUCUCUGAUGAAACAGCCAAGACUCAAAGCAUUCGUCGAUCAAACCGUUCAGAAGAAGAUACUUACAAGCCUGCUUCCAAUAUUGAAUCAUGCACAACAACAUGGGAGGGUGGUGGAUCUUCAAGAUCUCCUCUUGCGAUUCACUUUUGAUAACAUAUUCUUAACAACCGUAGGACACGAUCCUAAGUGUCUUUCCAUUGACUUCCCCGUAGUUGCAGUUGAGAAGGCUUUCAGAGUGUCUGAAAAGUCGAUAUUCUACAGACACACGGUGCCGUACACUGUAUGGAAAUUCCAAAAGUGGCUCCAAAUUGGUCAAGAGAAGAAGAUGACAGAAGCAUGUAGAACAAUUGAUAAGUUCAUAUAUUCACUCAUAGAGUCCAAGCGAGAAGAGUUAAGCAAGUGCACAGAAGAAGAAAUGAAUGAAGCUCCAUCUGACAUGCUAACUGUUUUGAUGACAGAACAUGGAGGGAGUGAGCAUGAUGAUAAGUUCGUAAGGGAUUUUGCAUUUAACUUUCUUGUAGCGGGGAGGGGAUCCAUGGCUUCGACUCUUACCUGGUUCUUUUGGCUUCUUAUCAAACACCCUAUAGUGGAAGCCAAGAUUCUUCAAGAGAUCAGAGAUAAUUUUAAGAAAAAUGAUGACCGUGGUCAUGGCUUUGAUGAGGAGCAGGAUCUGAGCCAAUCUGUGAAAAAGCUGGUUUAUCUGCAUGCUGCAUUGUGUGAAUCUCUGAGACUUUUCCCUCCAUUACCUAUUCAACGGAAGCAAGCAGUUAAAGCUGACACUCUUCCAAGCGGGCAUAUAGUAAGUGCCAAUACAAUGAUAAUGCUUUCUUUUUAUGCAAUGGGAAGGUGUGAAGAGAUAUGGGGAAAAGAUUGUUUGGAGUUCAAGCCAGAGAGAUGGAUAUCUGAAAGAGGAGAGAUUGUUAAUGUAGCAUCAUACAAAUUCAUUGCUUUUAAUGCAGGACCAAGAACUUGUUUGGGAAAGGAGUCGUCUUUUCUUCAAAUGAAGAUGCUGACAGCUACUAUGUUGUGGAAAUAUCGUUUUGAAGUGGUGGAAGGUCAUGUUAUCAGUCCAAGCCGUUCGUUUGGGCUUUCCAUGAAGAACGGGUUGAAGGUUAGGAUAAUGAAAAGAGAACUUUAAUGCAA